CUCUAGUAGCUAACAUACAUACCUAUCGUUCUCACAUUCUUAUACAUGACUGCGGAGCUAUAGUGUCAAACUCACAUUCGUAACCUCGUAUAAAGACCACUUACAAUAUAAACAGUGACCAGAAAAAUUAAAUUGUUCGUCGAAGUCACAUACUAUUUCAAAAUGGCUGCAGGAUGGACCUUCGAGGACUUGAUGUUCACUACUUUAUUCUUCCUGGCCGUGUGGGUCGGUGGGAAGUUGUUUGGCUUAACUGGAGGUACUCCACUUGUGGGAGAAAUAGUUGUGGGUAUGAUAAUGGGACCGAAUGUUCUGGACGUGGUGCCGUUUCCUGAUGCUGUAACACUCUUAGGCGAGAUUGGACUGUGCGUGCUAAUCUGUGAAGCUGGUCUGGAAGUGGACCUAGAUAUGCUUAAGUUAGUUGGGUUUAUGGGUGUCACGGUCGCCGUCGUCGGAUCAAUAUUGCCGCUGGCCAUGGGAUUUGGAGUUGCGAUAGCUUUUGGUUACGACACCGUUGCAGCACUGGCGGCAGGUGCCUCUCUUGCACCCACCUCAAUGGGUAUUGCUAUCAAUGUCCUGAAAACCGGCAAAGUUUUGAACACACCGACCGGACAGCUGAUCAUCGCCGCAGCCAUUGUGGAUGAUGUCAUUGCGCUUGUGCUCCUUUCCGAGUUGCGUGCCAUUGCCGAUCCAUCGCCCGCGGCAAUUAUAAUCCCGAUUGUCUCGGCAGUUCUAUACCUGGGCUUCGGCACUUUGUUUGCCACUACGGUUAUGCCGAGAGUUUUGCCAAGGAUCUCGCCCCACAUUCCUGAAGACCUGCGUGGAAACAUAUUCUUGGGAGCGUGUCUUACGCUUGGGCUUGCUCUCAUGAUUGCGUGCGACUACUCCAAAGCCUCGUACCUCUUGGGCGCGUUCUUGGGUGGGCUGUCCUUCUGCACAUCGCAUGAGUGUGAGGUGGCAUGGGAAAAGCAGGUGAAACGCAUCUUAUACUUCCUUCUGCAUAUUUUCUUUGCGGCGACGAUUGGGUUCCCCAUCCCUGUGCAGGACUUCUGGAACUGGUCUACGAUCGCACGUACCGCUGCUUUCACAUGCUGCAUGUCCGGAAAAUGGCUUACAGGUUUGUUCGGUCGCCCGCUGUCUGUGACUAACUUCUGGACGAUUGGGUUCGCCAUGUCUGCCUGGGGAGAGUUCGCGUUUCUGAUCGCAAGUGAAUCGUACUAUGUGGGCACACUCACAAAGGAUGAGUACACGCCCUUAGCCUUUGCUAUUCUACUGUCAGCCAUCAUCUCGCCGUUCUGCCUCAAGUUUACGCUCGAGUACAGGAAUCGCCAGGCGAAAAAAGAAAUGGAGGCCGGUGUUACCAUGGCAAGAAAGCACCGCAAGUCGCUGACGGUCGCGUCCGUUUCCGAUUUGUCGGUGGCUAAAAACUCGUCUACGGUGUACUACAAGAUUCACGCAUACGCUAAGUCUGAGUGGGGCAUGAUUGCCCGGUUAUUCGAGACCGCCGAGGAAUUGGAGUUGAAUAUUCUGGAAACUCGCGUGCGCGCCGUCAGGCACGGACAAGCUCUGCAAGUUAUCUACCUCAGCGAUCGCACCAUGAAUUUGCCUUUCGUCUGUGAAUCCGGGACACCAGAAGCCGAGAGAAUGGAGCGACGUGUGCGACAGAUUCACGACGGCUACUACGACACUCUAUCGGGGCCUGGUCUUGACGAGCUUAUUGUGGUAAGGUGGAGACCUCAGGAAAUGGGUGACAACAACUCACUUGAGCUAGCCCUGCUGAAGGAUAUCGAAGGAUACCAAAAACGAUUAGAGGUCGAUACGGAUCACACGCAGAUCCUCGCGCGAACGAGUCAUUCUAAGCCGGCGAGCGAUGUGGGACAUGAGGUUGAAGAAGACGAUAAUAUGGUGGUCGAGGGAUACCAAACCAGGCGAAACAGAUUCGAGGCUUUAUAUUUUGAUAACACUGAUUUGGAUUGGCUACUGGAAAAACCUGAGGUUGAGGAGCAAUUGCCCAGGAAAAGCAUCUUAUCAGUCAUUUCAGGCGUCCGAGCCUCGUUGACUGGACCUCCGACCGAGUUGCAGGAAUCCGAAAUGGAGAUGGGAGUUAAGGGGCAAUGAUUGUCUUCCAAAGGCGCCGGUAACCAUCCUGCACCCACCAUCAAGCUCUCUAGAGAACUGCAAGAAAUUCUUGUUUAAACGAGUUAGUAUAUAAUUCAGUGCGAGUGCGCUAGUCUCCCUCGAGAGAUGCCGGAAUGUCCCCGCCAUGGAAGCAAUUCAGGAACUGUUUUGCUCCCGAUAGUGUAUUGUAUACGAAUGCUUCGACAGCGGCUGACGUCAAACGCUGAUGACUUUUGUAACCUGCUCCGCACUUGCUUUUAGCUGUACAUUAGAAAUUGGCACACAAAUAUGAUUAUAACUGUGCAGAGAUAAAGACAAUUAGUCGAAAAAAUAGCAUACAGAGUUAUAUUCACGUAGUCGACGCUCCGUCUAUCAGGCUACGAA